AUGAAGCUGUUAAUUCAUCACUAGUUCUGUUUCUCUCUGGAGAUUGAAAUUUUAGCGAAUAAUAAAUACCAGAAGUGCUCUUGAAUUUGCCGCGUAAAAAAUAUUUAAAGAAAAGCUGAUUUGACUCUGACAGUGAGCCCAGCUGUCUCCCCCUCCCUCAAGGUGGCGCCAUCGCACCGAGAACCAGUAGUCGUGCACACGCCGGUACGGGAGGGUGUGUGUGUUAUUCCAUUAUUCGCGUAUUUCCCCGUGUGUGAUGCCAACGGAUCCAGCACAUUUUGCUUCAACAUUGUGGUCGUUGUCACGGAGCACUAGCAGAGGUGUCAGCAGCAGGAGUAUCCAAGCAAAUUCCCAUAAAAUUUCUUCAUUAACCCUGAAACAUCAUUCCAACAAGACAACAAACACCGUAUUGCUCCAUUUGCUAGAGCUACAGUGGAUCUCUGAGGUGAAGUGCCAAGGAAAAAGAGUAAAAAAAACGUUGAAAAAGUGGAGAAGAAGGGUAUCCGGCGUCUGAGCCAGUGAAUACAAGUGAGAGUGAGUGAGAGAGAGCUGAGGGCGCAGGAGUUGCAGUCUCUUGGACAUUCCUCACUGUUGAGUUUGCAUUUCAAUAUCUCUUCUAAUUUGCCCGAGGUAACGAAUAAUACACGAGUGCAUACCCGGGGAUAAACAAUUGUCGUUCAUCCCCAUGCGUCAACAAACGCGGGAAAAAAGUGAGUGACUGCGAAGUGAAAAAAUCGAUUGUCAAGAAAAUUGUGCAUAAUAAUUGUCCAACGUCUUUGGUGAGCAUUCGCUAUUGGCGGGGUGUGUUUUUCCUGGCGUUGUGUCACGGGAUUCUUCCCCCUUCUGUUAUUAAACCCACGGGGAUCGAUGUCUGUGGUGUGAGGGAGGUGAAAACAUGGCUGAGGAGCUGCUGGUCACGCUUAGCAGAAACGACACAGCGGGAUUCGGAUUCUCCCUGCUCGGUACUGCCGGCUUGCCCCACGUCAUUUAUGAUAUUGUGGAGAAUUCACCGGCAGCGGAGUCUGGCAAGGUAGAAGCGGGAGACGUAAUUCUUCGUGUAAACGAUAUAGACGUUAACCGUUUCACCACUAAGGAAGUGCUCAAAUGUUUACGAUUGUCCUCGGAUCCAGUGACCCUAAAGCUCAGAAGAGAUCCAGCGAUAAAGGCACACGUGAGGCGGUUACUAGCCCCAGGACAUGAGUUUUUGGACGAAGUGAGUUGUCCACGUGUGUGUGUAGAUGGAAGAGGCAACUUGGCUAACUGCGAUGAGAAGAAGAAGAAGGUGAAGGGAAGAAAAGCAGGAUCACCAGAGUUGGCACUUGGUUCGCCACAGGCACCACCUGGUGCGCAGUAUGCAUCAAGAAGCAAUGGAUCGUACAGCGAUGCCUCGGGCUCCUCCGAGUUUGAGGCACUUUUACCAGUUACAGACAGUUUCAAAGAGGAAGAACGAGCACAGUGGGAGCCAUUAUCAGGCGACAAAUUUAGCAGACAAAAAAAUACACCUAGAUUCGAGGCAUACAUGAUGACCGGGGAUCUAAUGUUGAAUCUCUCUCGAACCCAACAAAGCACUGGUUUUCUUCCUAAAUACCAGAAAAAAGUCGACUCACUUCGUUACAAUAACCACUACAUCCAUCGCCAUCACAAUUACCACAAUCACUAUCACCACAAUUCAGUUCCAACGAGUCCAAACGAGAUGCUGAGCCAUCGUUCCUACAAAUCCACCACUGGCUCCAACUCAGCCACUACCUCGCCAGUGGGUGUGGGUAAACGCGAUCCUAGUCAGUGUCCAAACAUUGUUGAUACGAAGACAAAUGUCACGAACUUCGGUUACUCAAGUGGUUUCGUCAGAACAUCGAGGUCAGAGGAUCACCUGCAGUUCCAGAAGGACCCGUCGAUGAGUGCAGUGGACAUUGAUAUCGAUGAGGACGUCACCUCAAGCCUCAACACAUUAUUAGACACACGACCUGACAGUGGACAAGGUGUUUCGAGUGAGAGAAUCGUGUGGACGUACAAUGCACCAGUGAGUUCGCCUUCAGCUUCCGCAUCAGAACGCACCUCGUGCUGUCAAAAUGGCAGUUCAUCGCAGUCGUCCAGCAGUAGCUCGGAGGGAACAAGUCCUCAGCGAUCCUUAUCUCCAGCCUCUCCGACAUCGGUAUCCUCCUCAGUCAUGUCCUCCAAUUCUGAAUCGCGUAGAUUUCCGCUGCCCAAUCCAGGAAAUCCUUUUCCCCAUUCAAGCAACAAUCCGAAUCUGCCGAAUUGCUCAGCAGCAACUCCAGGAUUUCAUCCGACAAAUGGUGACCUCAGUCAAUCAGAGGCCAUCAGCAAUAUGUCAAGCCCGGAUUAUAAUGACGAAGAGACAAUGGACAUUCUCAGUGCACGUGAUAUUAUGAUGGUUAGUGAUCCAAGUGAUAGUGACUCGACGAUCCUCGCGAGUGAACCACCGCAGAGGAGAAUUAAUAAGAGUAUGGCCUAUGGACAAGAGCACAGCCAGUCUAGUGAGCACAGGAUUGUAAUACAGGUAAAGGGGCCUGACAAGGAGAGUAGGGGCUCGAGCAGUCCCAGAAACAGACGAAGAAGCAAUAGUGGAGGUGGUGAACCGCAGAGGCCCCCAUCUGGCGAGUUGAAGGAAAACGAGGAUGAAAAAGAAAUACAUAUUGGUUCAUGCGAUGAACAGAAACAGAGUGGCCAGUCACCACCACAAUCUGCUGAUGAGGAGAGUGACAUUGAGAGCCUCCACAGUUUCCACUACAGCCCGAAAGCAGUGGAUCUACCAUCAGCAGUGAGAUUGGCCAAGAGAUUAUACUCACUCGAUGGAUUUAAGAAAUCGGAUGUGUCCAGACACCUCAGUAAAAACAACGACUUUUCUCGAGCUGUUGCUGAAGAAUAUCUGAGAUAUUUCAGCUUUGAGGGGGACACGCUGGACGUGGCACUCAGGAAGUUCCUCGCGCAGUUUUCACUGACCGGUGAGACCCAGGAGAGAGAACGUGUGCUUGUACAUUUUUCAAAAAGAUAUAUCGACUGCAAUCCUGGCUCUUUCAACUCUCAAGAUGCGGUACAUACACUGACAUGUGCUAUAAUGCUCCUCAAUACCGAUCUACAUGGACAAAACAUUGGGAGAAAAAUGUCGUGCUCUGAGUUCAUUGAGAAUCUGUCGGAGCUCAACGAUGGGGAUAAUUUUCCUCGGGAGGUGCUCAAACAACUUUACACGGCUAUCAAGUCUUAUCCUCUCGAGUGGGCACUCGAUGAGGAAGGAGAUGACACGGCGUCCCAGGUAAUUCAGCAGGGCGAUGGGCCAGCAAUAUCAGCAUCCGGCAAUCCAUUUCUCGAUGUGCCAAAUGUUACUGGUGCUACCGAAUUCAAGAAAGGUUACGUCAUGCGCAAGUGCUGUUACGACGCUAACGGAAAGAAAACUCCAUUUGGCAAACGAGGUUGGAAAAUGUAUUACUGUACACUGCGUGAACUUGUCUUAUACCUGCAUAAAGACGAGCAUGGCUUUCGCAAUGAUAGCCUUCACAAUGCCAUAAGAAUUCAUCAUGCAUUAGCGACUAAGGCGUCUGAUUAUACGAAAAAACAGCACGUGUUCAGACUGCAGACUGCUGAUCAGGCGGAGUACCUCUUCCAAACCAGCGAUUCCAAGGAACUUCAGUCAUGGAUAGACACGAUAAACUUCGUAUGUGCGAGUUUUUCCUGUCAGCCACUCGCAGGAGCGAGAGAACAGUUAAGGGACCACGAAGAGAGGGUUAAUAGACUGGAGACGGAGCUGGAAGAGCACCGGAGGCAUCCGCCUGAGCGUGGAGCCAAGGCUCUCACUGUUCAAAAUUACAAGGAGAAGGAUACUUAUCUUCAUUACGAGUUGAAACGAUACAAGACAUACGCCUAUCUGCUGCGUUCCCGUUUGGCAUUUACCGAGGUCGAGCCAUCUCUUGUGGAGAGUAGCAUCGGUGAAGUUGACGAAAGUGGAGGCGUAUUACUGAACGCUGAAGUUGGAUUAGUACCACCACCCGUACCAGAUCGUCCAGCAACAAAUAGGUAUAGUUACAGGGCUGCCAUUUACAACCGUAAUCUACUUAAUGGUCAGGAAUAUGGCGGGGACAUUGGUUGACGCGUCAUGGGUGUUUUUUCGGCGUGCGUCAUCUAAUCCUUCAUCUAAUUAACAAUAUACACAGGCAGGAUAAAAUGAAAAAAAAAAACCAUAUUCUAAAGUUAAAUGAGAAUUUAAAUCAAUUGAUAGAACAUAAAUAAAGACAGUAUCAAUUAUUAAAAGCACAAGAGAUAAGUAAUGUUUUCAUUGGAGUUGACGAAAUCAAUUAAUUAAUGAGAGAUAUACUAAGGGGAAAUCCACGAGUCUAAAUACAUGAGUUGUACGUAUUGAACUGCCUGUGUGUAAUACAAAACGCCGAAGUUAUUUAAUUAUUAACAAUUGGUGGAUUAAAUGGGGUCAAGGUGUUUAUAGUUUCUGUAUAUUACUUGUUUUAUUUAUUGAUGGAAUUUAAUUAUUAAUUAGGAGCUCUCUGAUUGAGAGUCAUUAUGGAUCUGGACAUCUCAAUGUGUAAUAUUAAUUAAUUAGCGCUCAAUUAUUAACUAACGAGGGCUCACCUCGUUUAUCAACAGCUGAAAGUAUGCGAUAUGGUGCUGGUCUCUGGUUUAUUUAUAAAGAAUUAAGUUAAAAAAAUUUCCAACAUUCAGCCAUAUAUUUCAAUCGAGUAAACGUCGAUUUAUUUUAUUUUGUUAAUUUAAUAAGUGUUUCUGAUUGAAAAAAAAUUGUUUAUUCGAUUGAAAUAUUUCUGGGAGAUGUUGAAUUGGUUCUUCGCUUCUUAUCGUACUGAUAACAUCCGUUAUAAUUUAAUUAACAAAAGAAUUGUGUCAUCUGCAACAUAUAGUUUUAACUCAUGAUAACUAUGUAGAUGUAAUCAUUGCUUCAUUGCCUCUCUAACAUCUAAGGAUCUGAUUUUUAUUCUGUACUUUUAUAUAAGUAGAUGAAUAUUAUUUAAUUUUUUCAAUCUUGUUAAUUUGUGAAACGUAUUGGAGGUGUCAAUUAGAUUUUUCGAAUAUUGAUUUAUCUCAAUACUGUAAAUUAAUUAAAUCGAAAAUAUCGCUAGGCUAGUUAACCAGUCAUAUUUUUACUUUUUAUGCAUUUUGUCGUCUACUCAUAUUCUCUUUUUAAUUCACUCGUUCGUACAUUUCCCCCCUCAUCGAUAUUGCAUUCCAAACGUACGGAUUUCGAUGAGGUAAUCUCAACGAAGAUUUACGAUUGAUGCUCCAACGGCCAAAGAAUAUGUUUAAUAAAUAAUUCUAGCUUCAACAUCAAUGACUAACAGCUCCUUUGACACAUUGCGUUGUUUAGAGUCAAGACUGCACAAUAAUUGAGAAUAAAACGAUAGUAUUGUUGACAUCUCGUCCAGGAAAUAAUUCCUCAUAAUUUCUUCCCCAAUCAUUAGAUUUUACUUGAAAUUUUGGUUAUUUUUAUUUCAUUAAAUUGUUGGCGGAUGCAAAAAUGUUUAGAAAGUGAAUGAAGUUAAAUUACAUAUUUAGAGGUUUAAAUAUAUAUUUUCAAUACUGUGAAUUACGUAUUUGAAUUAUUUUCGUUGAGAAAAAGAUUAUAAGAAUGGUUUUUCUUCUUUUUUAAAUGCUGAUUAGAACUUGAACAGUGAUAGUAUUAAUUAUAGAGAGACGUAGUCUUCAGAUCUGGAAUUAUGGAACAGGGCUAACGGAUGAUUUAUGAGGAGAUAGUAAUGUAGCAUUUUAUAAUAAUUGUUUACAACAAUUCGUUGCAGUAUUACGUAAUUCUAGUGGGUUUAUCCAGGUAUAAAUGAGAGUUGAGGUUCAUUAAACUGCGAAUUCCAGAGAUUUGUAUAACUAGUGUAUGGGGGCCUAAGCCUAUGUGUUAUGGGCAACCAUCUACAUUUUCACAAGUACUAUCCAUUUGUUGAUAGUCCAUUUUAACACUUAGAAAACGUUACAUAUUUUUUCGAGAAUUAUAAAAUGAGAAAAAUAGAUUAAAAUUGUGAUUUGGAUUAAUCCAAAGGGAGUUUUAAUUAAAUGUCGAUGUUGACGAGGAUGUCGUAGAGGACACCAUAAUCAAAAGGAUCAGCUUUGGCAGUUAUUAGCAGCUACAUAUAUUGAAUAGUAUUUUUCCAUAACUCAUCAUUCCAGGGUUUAGCAGCCGAAACAGCAAUAUUUUACAUUUUUUCCAUUGAUUUAUACAUUUAGUUGAAGUACUAGUUCAUCAUUAGCAAAUGCUGAGAAUAAAUUUCAUAUUUCUGAUAAUUUUCAAUAGUAAAUCAUCAAAUUCUGUCUCCCAUUUUAAAAUCUACGUUUAUACACAUAAAAAAAAUCAAUAAACAGAAGGAAUUAAAAAAACAUAAUUCCUAACAGUGGAUGAAUGAUAACUGAAGACGAGGAAGAGAUUAUUCAUUUAGUGUAUAGGAAGAUCCUUGUAUAAAGCUGUAAUAUAUGUGGAUAAUGAUAAUUAUUAUAAAUCCUAUUGACGCUAAUGGCAAUAAAGAUUAAACUAUCUCCAAACUA